GAAGAGUAAUAGGGCAGCAUUUAACCUUUACACAGAGACAUUGGGGUAUAAGAUUCAUGAUGUGGAAGCUAAGUAUUAUGCUGAUGGUGAGGAUGCAUAUGACAUGCGGAAGCAGCUAAAGGAGAAGCAAAGCCACCAUCAUGGCCAUCACCAUCAACAUCAACAUCAACAUCAACAUCACCAUCAGCAUGGUGGUGGGUGUUGUUCUGGUGAGGCAAGAAGCUCAGAGGUCACUCAAACAAGGGGAGACUCAAAAUCAGAGUUGAAGGCCAGCACUAAAUCAGAUACAAAAGCAGGAUGAUGGUGGGAGGCAAACUAAGUAUUCAGAGAAGCAGGUGUGGCAUUUGACUUUAUUAUUAUUGGUGCCAGCUAGUAUUGUUGGUUUGUCUGUGAAAGUCAUAAUACAUUAUGGAAAAUCUGUACUCUUCUUUACAUUCAUAAGCACUGGUUAGCAAUUACCAAGCUUGUGGUUAUGUGCUUGUUUUUGUUGUCCUCCUGCCUUUAAAAUCGGCCUGUCUAAUUUAGUAUUUGGAUUGACAGAACCAUCUUUUUUUUUUCACUUUUUGAAAUUUAUGAUUUAUGUUGCUGUUUGGCUUUUCUUCCCCUCCAUGCUCAAUUUUGAGUAGUGUUUGAAACAGUUUGCCAAUUUUUUUUCUAUCUUCAGUUUUGCAAAAAAUUAGGUGUUGCUCAUGAAUCAUGAUGCAAAGGGUAAAUUAGUCCUUGUAAUUUCCACUGGUUUGUGUGUAUACAUAUGGUUAGAUGUCUGACCUUGCAAAAGAAAGGUGUGUUUUUUUGUAUAACCUAAGGCCAGCCUAGCAGACUCGGUGGCAUGUUUCACCUUACAAAAGAAAGUUCCCAUCCUCAUUUUUGCAGCUCAUAUCUUUGUCAUGUUCUGGUUUUUGAUAGUCUCUAACAGGUCUUUCUUCUCAUUUUUGGAUGUAAAGUGGCUUUCUUAGUUUUCUUUUCUCUUGGAUCUGUAAUCCCUUAGCCAUGCCUUCGCAUUUUGUAUUAGAAUUUGGAACCAAGUGAUGAGAAAAGGAAACAAAAUGCUUUCAACAAGAGAAUGACUGGUGCCUAUGUUUCUAUGUGAUGGCUUUGCAUAAUGAAGUCGAAAAUGUACGAGUGUCAGUUAAUUAGAAACAUUUGCAAGGUAGAUCGGGUCUGUUUCUAAACAUGUAUAAUACAUGUUUAGUAAUGUGAAAGUUAAAAGUUGUAGAAAAAGCUGAAAUAAGAGUUCAUACUAUGAGCAGAGAACUUAUCUUUGAUGUUUCUUGUACUGUUGUGGCUAUAAUUAACGUGGCAAAGCUGUAUUUGCCCAUUUGAUAAGCUUGUUCACAACGUUAAGAAACAAGAAAAUCAAAG